CACCCAUGUUUGAAAGUUAGGCUUUUUGGUGAUUUAAAUCAUUUGGGGUAAUAAUUGAGGUCUAUGACACACUAGAGUAAUCAGCCUGGUUUGUAAAAAUUCUAUUGACUUCUAGGGAGAUAAAGCAAAGUUAAAUGUGAGCCCAGUUUUUGGGGUGAGACCUACAGCAUCAGGAGAAGUUGUAAGCUUCUGCACCAUCCUCUCUUACAGCCUGUCAAGGAGCGAUAAGGCCUAGCAACAAUGCCUUGUUCAUACAGUCCUGGAUACAAUAUGACACAGACAAGCAGCUUCUACACCACACUCAGUGUUAUUUUCACUACUAGGUCAGCAUCCACAUCUGGAUUCUAUCUCACACUUUGACUUGCUGGAAUUGCAGAAAUGCUCAUUUCCGCAGACGUGGAGUGUUUUCUCGGUUGCAGUUUGGGGAGAAUGACUAAGAGAAAACCACAAGGGAGGGAACUAGUGAAAACAGGAAGGAAUGACUAAAUAAAGAAAGAGACUGUGCUGAAAGUAGAGAAGUAUGGUUUGAGAGAGCAGUUGUUGAUACCCUCCGUGGCUGAACUGUGAGUACUAGCUGGCAAAUACAACAUAUGACUAUGCAUUUUGGUUGAUUUAAUGUUCUCUCACUUACCAGGCUUCUUGUGGCUGUAGGCCACAAACGCAGUUUUGGACACGCAUCUGGUGAACAGUGAGUUUAUUAAAAGGUUACGCAAGAGGAUAAGGAGAGCAGUGCAGGGACAGACGCUGAGUCUCUGGAUACCUGGUGACCAGGUGGGGGAGACGUAGGGUCAGAGGAGCGGGACGUGGGAGUCGGGAGGGUGAAGCUGUUGAAGAGCAGUGCUUCAUCAGGCUGGUAGCAGAGGGGUCAGGCAGGUAGCAGGAGGUAACCAGGACACAGGGCAGCGCUGUGUGGAGCAGGUUGGGUGUAGCACCAGGAGCAGAGUGACUCACAGGCAGAUAUGCAAAGGAGCAGAGACACGCACCGUUAGGCAGAUAGCAGGAGGUAACCAGGAAGCAGGGCAGCGCCGUGUGGAGCAGAAGGGGAAGACGUGUUCAGACAAAGGUUGGAGUAACGCAGGGUUUAACAAGGAGUCGGCCUGCAAGCUAAAGCAGUGGCAGCAAAAACUGACUGGCAAGGGGGAGACAUCUGAGCCCAGACUAUAUGCCCGGGCAUAAACUGCCACAGGAGUAUGUAACUGCUUUAAAGGUGCAGGAUGGGCUCAUUUCAACACUAUCCUCUCUAUAGACAUCAGGAAAAAGAUUUAAUUUCGUUUCCUCUUUUGGCAGGUACGCGGACAGAAGCUACGUGUGCUUGUGUGUGUGUGUGCAUAAAUGUCUGUGCAGUUGUAAACGCAGUGUUUUUGAACUGUCUGCCUGUGUGUAUAUCAGUGUGUGGGACCAUGCCGGGUCCUGGGAGCUGCGUGGCGGUUCGACGCUGCUUCACUUUUGCCACGGGUCUGGUUGAGUGUCUGUGUUUUGCUGGAGCUGCGUUCGGAUGGGCUUCACUUGUGUUUGUCCUGAAGACAGAGGGCUACUUCAGCUCUCUGUGCGUCAACUCCACAGAUGUCAAUACAACGCAGGUCCUAGAUUGCACUGGACAAGAGGAACAGUUUUCUCUUGUUUUCACCAUUGCCUCAUUUAUGAACAAUUUCAUGACAUUACCCAAUGGCUUUCUGUUUGACCGGUUUGGCACUACAGUGGCUCGGCUCUUUGGAAUAUUUUGUUACACCAUGGGCACCUUGAUGGUGGCCUUUUCAACUCCAGCUAUAUCCAACAUGCUCUUCCCAGCUAUGUCUUUCCUGACAACCGGUGGCAUCAUGUUUCUCAUCACUAACAUGCAGGUAGGGAACCUGUUUGGCUCACAUCGCUCCACCAUCAUCACUCUUUAUAGUGGGGCCUUUGACUCUUCCUCAGCACUCCUUCUUGUCAUUAAGUUGUUACAUGAGUCUGGUGUCUCUCUUCGCACCUCCUUCCUCUUUCUGUCCUUUUGCAGCAUCAUUCACCUGCUCAGGACUUUCUUCCUGCUGCCCAGAAGCGUCAUUCCCUACCCACUGCCUGAUCGCUACACAUAUGGAGUCACCUGCGGUAAAUCAAAGUCUCUGAGCUUAGAGGCAACAGCCAGCAGCACCACCAGGAGGCAGAUAGAAGAACUGCCACUUGACAAAGAUAGCCCCGUGAAACAAGAGAAGAGUCUACGUGAGUGUUUGCUGUCCAGGUUCUUUGCAUGGCACCUGGUUUGGUUGUCGGUGAUGCAGCUUAGAAUUUACAUGUUUAUCGGCACUCUCAACCCCAUGCUGGACAGACUGACAGAGGGAGAGCCUUCACUGGUGAGCCAGUACAUCAAUGCCUUUGCUAUAACCCAGCUGUGUGGUGUGCUGUGUGCCCCGUGGAACGGCCUCAUCAUGGACAGGCUUAAGCGCAGAUACCGCGCUCCAGGAGUGAGCGAGCAGGAGGUGGACCUGCAGGCGUCGGUGCCUUCUCUCUUCCUGACGGCGCUGCAGUGUGUGGUGUUCUCAGUUUGUGCCUCCACCCCGUACCUGCCUCUUCAGUACCUCACUUUCAUCCUGCAAGUCCUCAACCGCUCCUUCCUUUAUGGUGGCAACGCAGCCUUCAUCAAUGUGGCUUUCCCAUCCUGCCACUUCGGGAAGCUGCUCGGUCUGAUCAUGGCUCUGUCUGCAGUGUUUUCUUUGCUGCAGUAUCCUUGCUUUGCUCUGGUGAAAGGUGCUCUGGGUGGAGAUCCUCUAUAUAUGAACAUUGGCCUGACACUGCUCACCCUGCUGGCCUUCAUCCAUCCUCUCUCUGUAUACCUGCACUGUCGACGUCUUGCCUCCCAGCGAAACGAGAGCAAAGCCAUUAGUGCCUCCUCAUAAAGACUGUAAAAUGAGACCAGUGAGUCACACUCAACAUUUUCCUUAAUAUUUCAUAUGACACUGUUACCGGCUUGUAUGGCUGUGCCACCAUACAUUUCCCAUUUGGAAAGUAGCAUCCAGUGAUUGUAAAUGCAUUUCAGGUUUAGGUGAAGUGGGUUUUAGGAAGUAUCACAGUGCACUCACCACACUCUUGGAGCAUGUUCACAGCCAGACUGAAUAUAUCCAUAAUAAUUUAGCACUUCUGUUGUGCCGCCUGCUCUGACUGACCCUCUGCAGAACCUCGAGUUCUUGUGAAAUUUCCAGGAAUCAUAAAUUUAUUUUCAGCGAGUUAUCUGAUGUAUAAUUCAAAUCAUUUUACACUCUUCAGCAGUCUCAGAGUUUCAGCUGAUGCCAAGUUUUUCCCUAAAAUGUUUCAGCACUUAAUUAAAACCCAGCCUGUGGUGCUUUUUGGACACUGACUGGUUGCUCCAGUCAGUUCAAACCGUUUUCUGAUAUGUCUUUUUUAUUAUUUUGCUUUAUACAAGCUAAUAAUGUAUUCAUGUUUUUUAUAUUCUGUGUAACACUAGCCACCUAUUACCUUGUAGUUAUGGUGACUUCAGUAAGUGUGCCAAAAGGAAACACUUUAUUGUAAAAAUGCUGAAAACAUUACAGAUAAAGUUUACAAUAUACCAGUGUAGAGCUCUUCAAGUUAUUGCUAUCUAUACAUAUCUUUAAAAAUGGUAUAGGAAUAUGUUAACUACAGAGAUUGUAUAAGGGACCUUUGGAGGCCAGAAUCAUAGGCGUCAGUCUUUGAUGGCCACAGUGUAACACGAUAACUCAGGCUCUAUCAGGACAAAUAUCCUGUUUUCUCCCUGAGUUGUCUGCAGUGUUUGCUUUACCAUGUGAGUUAAUUAUGAUCCAUCAGUAUCACCGCUUCACUCUCAGUGUGUUUGUGUAGUUCAGUGGUAGAAUGUAAUGAAAAAUUUGGUUUUUCACUGAAAAUGUGCCACAACUAUGUUGACAUGUAAAGGAUUUAAAAAAGGAAUUCAUGUAUGUUGUACUUUACAUAGUUUGUUUCAGGCUGACUGUAAGUGCCAAGACUGAAGAGUUGCUAAUGCUUUGAAAUGUAACAGUAGCUCCUCAGAAAAAGAAAUGCAUUUUUUUAUGUCAAGUUUCGUUGUAGAGGGCAUUGUUCCUUUCUGAACUUUAUAGUGCCAAAAUAAAUGCUUCUGAUUUAAAUACAAUGGUAAUCUAUUGAUCAGCAAUGACUAGAAAGAAAACAACUCUAAGAAUGAGGAUGGUUUACACAUUGACAUACAAAUACAUUUAAAUAAACAUUAAAGUGAUAUUUAAA